AUGAAAUCUCAUUUUUCUUCAGAGACUGACAAAGUGUCAAUCAAUUAGUUUUAGUUUCAAAAUACGACAUUUUCUGAGGAUGAUUACAAUUCGAAAGAGAGCAUCAACCCAAGCCAAGAAAUCCAGUACUACCAAGGAGGUAAAUAGUAUUUGAUUUGUUAAACAUCAAAGGCAUUACGUUCAGAAAAAAUAAACUAUCAAUCACUGCAGCCAUUUUUAUGA